ACUGGAGUUUCUACGCUUGACUAUCAUUACUGGGGUAUAGAAAACGUUGAGUCCAUCUGUAGGAGAGAGGGUGUGAUCGAUCUAGUUGGAGUUCUUACUUUGUGUUGUGUGUUCGCGGAGUGGAGCUCAGACAGCGCCAAGUUCCUCCAGGCCAAGUUUCCCAGUUGAACUCCUUCAACUUGACGUCAUCUGCCCCUUCAGUUUGAGUUGGACUACCAGGAUGCCACCCUCACGGUUUGCCCAGAAAGAACAUCUAUCGUAUCGGAACCUACUAGCGAUCCCUGCCAAGAAAGAAGUCCAAUUCUCGGAGAUACCGGUCCUGACCAACGGCACUGACUCGGAAGACUUGAUCGCUGCAACCUCGCAAUACUGGAUCACCAAACACACCAACCAGGGUCACUUAACAUUUGCACCGUACCACAAGCCGGGCAAACUUGCUAACAAAACCGCUUCGCUGUCGGCUUGUUCCGGAUCGAUCUCUGAUUUCACCACCUGUCCCUUCGAUCAGUUACUUGCGGUUGCAAACGAAGCUGGUGAAACAUCGAUCUUCUCCCUUCCAGAAACUCUCAAUCCACCUGGAGACACGCAGGCCUUUAACUGCAUUAGGAAGCUUCAUGGCGAAUCCAAGAACUCUCCCGUUGAUAAAUUGGCCUUCCACUCGACUACUCGCGGCAUUCUAGCUGGCAGUAUUGGAACUCAACUCGCGAUUUGGGAUGCGGAACAUCUCAGCGAAGGAUCCCCCUCGAUCAACCUUGCCAGCGGGGCCAAGGUUUGGGAUAUCAAGUGGGGCUGGGAUGGUCGACUGUUAGGUGCAACCACUCGGACGGGAAUCUUGCAGUUAUGGGACCCCCGUGCCUCGACCAUGGUUUCCAGCUGUGACAAUCAGGACGGAUCAGGUGGGAGGAAAUGUAGCCGACUUGCUUGGGUUGGUGAUCACAUCUUGACCACCAGUGUUAACAAACUACGCGAUCGGCAAUAUUCAAUUUUUGAUCCAAGGUCCUUAAAUUCACCCGUCAAGACUGAACGAAUCGACAAUUCGAAUGGGACAUUGAUACCCAUAGUUGAUCCCAACCGGUCGAUAUUAUAUCUCGCUACCAGAGGAGAGUCGACGUUCAAAUGGUACAAGCUUAACCUUUCCAGCACGUUGACCGUCGAGGCUUUCAAUUCAAUGCUGCCGAUGUCUCCAAUAGCUGGUAUAGCCAUGGCACCGAUCAAUCAUCAAACCGUGGAUGUGAUGAGGACGGAGCUUUGCAAAUUUAUGAUAUUGACCAAAAGUGCCGAAGUUAUCCCACUCACCAUACAGGCGCCUAAAAGACAGUAUCUCGACUUCCAUGCUGACGUCAUGCCUUCAGUGCGAAGUAUGGAGCCGGCGCAAGCUGGUCAGGAUUGGCUUAAAGGGAAUGAUCAAACUGUUGCGCUAGUUUCGCAAGACCCAUCAGCCCCUGGUAGUAUCAAAUCCUCCAUCAAGUCAACACCAAUUUCGACGGCAUUGCAACCGACUCCAGCGUCUGGUAUUGUUCAAUCUUCGAUCAAGUCAGCGCCAGCUACAGCCACAAUGCAUCAAGAGUCGCCACAGGCUCCAGGCUCCCCUAAGAACCAACUACCGGCCACGGGACCGGCCUCUUAUGGCGUGAAAAAAUCAUUUGACGCGAAACCUAGUGAUCCUGCCCCGUCUCAAUCAGUGGUAAAACCGAUCUCCAAAAAGGGUGUUGUUAAUAAACCAGUACGAUGGUCCCGGAAAUACGUAAAUGGACAAACCUCAAUGCAAGCAGAAUACGAAGAUCUGCACAAUCUAUCGGCCACUUUUCCGGCUGAUAGAGAGAUGAUCAAAUGCACAUCCAGCUUCUUUUUGGUGCCAAUCGGUGGACCUGGCGGAAGGCUCGGGGUGCAUCGCUUGACAAACAAGGGCAGAUUGCCUACUCGGCUCCCAUGUUUGAUCAAUGAGGCAAACAUCGUGGCUUUCGAAGUCGACCAAUUGGUUCAAGGUCGGGUCUUUGUUGCUGGAGAGGAUGGCAAGGUUCGAGUCUUUCGCGUCCCCGAACAGGGCCUCGAGGAAGAUUCCCUGAACGCUGAGUUGAUCUUAUCCGCUUCGAGCAUGGACCGGAUUAGCUUGAUCAAGCCACAUCCUACCGCCAAAGAUAUUUUGUUGACUAUCUCGGAUGACAUGAACAAGCCUUGCGUCCGUCUUUGGUAUGUUGGUCAAGUUGGAGACACCGCGAGCGGGCCAUCGAGGGAGAUACACCUUCCAUCGGGUGCGAUCUCCUCGGCAUCUUGGUCUCUGGAUGGCUCUCUUCUAGCGAUUGCCAACAAAGCCAAGACACUGUAUGUCUUGGAUCCUCGUCGAGGAGAUGAUACACAUUGGUGCCAGGGGUCGACUCAUGGGAGUUCACGGCCAGUACAGGUUACUUGGACCGAUGACCGAUCCCAUCUCCUCACCACUGGCUUUUCAUCGACGGGGAUGCGUGAAGUGAAGCUCUACCAAGUCAACCAGGAACAACAUGCAAUAGAAUCAUUGGCUGCGAUCUCCUUCGAUAACUCGCCGGCCGGGUUUUUCAUCCACUAUGACCCAGACACAUCCAUUGGAUAUUGCUGGAGCAAGGGGGAAAGGACGACCUACCUCAUCGAACUGAUUGAGACACCGAACCCGAACGCAAACCCGGGCCAGUCAACGUUUAAAUUCGAUCGUUUAACACCAUUUGUUCAUUCGACGAUCCAGUUAGGAUAUUCUUUCUUCAUCAAGCAGGUCUUAGAUGUCAAGGCGGUCGAGGUCGGCAGAGCGUUAAGACUCACUGGCAAUCAAGUCGAAGUCGUCAGCUUCAAAAUCCCCAGGAAUCGGGCCGAGUUCUUUCAAGAUGAUAUCUUCUGCGACACUAGAGAUCUCUUGACGCCUGCAUUCCAGAACGGCCAAGAUUGGCUGGAUCUUCUCGGUCAGAAUGAUCCGCAGGAGGAUCGUCAAGAGAAGGACUUGAUUGAGGGCUUUUCGAGGGUCAGUUUACAACCAGUUGGGAUGUCGAGGUUGAGUGAAGCCCCUCUAACUAAGGUCCAAUCUAAUCAAAAAGCACUCAUUGCUCAAGGACCUCAACUGACGGACUCGCAAAAGGCGGACCAAUAUCUCGACAAGCUGUUCCAAUCAGCCAAACGAGACGACCAUCAUCAGCUCUCCGGAUCCAGUACUAGUCAAUCAAAGCUUGCAAAGCCGGACAAAGACGACGACGACGACGAUGAGGAGGAGGAAGUUGUCGGCAGGAGUCGGGUGGGCGCUCCGGUUGAUGAUGAUUGGUGAACAUUCAUCAUGAUUGUGACUUUGGGCUUCCAUUUUCACAGUCCUUCUAAUCAGAAAGUGGGACAGUUGUAUUGCUUUUAAUCCUCCUGCAUCCAUUUGUUUUUUUUUUGGUGGGAGUCAACUUGAAUGAGCUCGCAAAACAACCCCCCCCCCCC